AUGGCGACUGCGGCCAGCCUCUUCGCUUCAGUCGAUGGUUUGAGACACGCGCCGCAACACAAUGGCAAGGCUCACAAUCUACUCCACAUGCGACAGGAGCCCACUGGACCCGACGAGCUCGUCAGCGACUCGCCAUCACUGCCGCCUGUCUCCAGUGUUAUCCCAAACAUCACCGUCACCAUUGUCCCGAUGCCAGGCAACACUUCUCUCGUUCCAAUCCUUGGCCAGUCAUCUCUUCCCAACGACACUAUUCCAGUCUUCCCAACUUCCACCAUACAGGAGCCCAUCGUGACCCUUUGUCCUGGACAGCCAACGGAGAGUCGCGUUUUCACCAUUUUGCCGCCCUUGCCGCCCCUCAGCAGCAUCCCGGGUUCAGUCCCAACCAUCAACGCCACAGCCUUGUUGCCUAACGGUUCAUCCACCGUCUUUUCCAGCGGUCUUACGACAACACCCAUCCCCUUGCCCAGCCCCAUUAGCCAGCCAGCCAACGACCCAGAGAACGCCCACAUCGCUAUAGAUGAUUCCGGCUGCCAAACGUUAUUUGCACCCACCGUCAAAGCCGUCUGCUCCACCACCGUGUCCCCAAUUGGCAUCCCCGAGGUGGUUGUUACCGAUUGCGACCAGUACAUCACUUUCAGCAGCGAGACCAAGAUCUGCCCGACCGUUUCAAUGCCAACAGUCAUCCCAACUCCACGUCCCACGAUCCUUGAAGGCCCCGACCCUGCCGUGGCCACCAGCUCUCCGCCCAUCUUCACGAAUCCACUCCUGAGCAGCGGCGCUCCCGUGGCAGAGCCCGUGAUCGGCAAGCACAAGCGGCAAGACAGCGGAGCUGCCGUUGUCACUCCUGCAGGCCCAGCCAUUCUGCCGCUCCCCAGCUACCCGGAAUCCUCUGGCCCGCCAGGCACAUACUACGCCGCGCCCUGGUACGAUGUCGCGCGAGGAGGCGUGCCCCCCUCGGUGCAGGCCGUCGAAUGCGACGGUAGUCAUGUUGGAUGCACGACGUUCAGCGAGCGCUGGAGCAUCACAUCGUUGCUACGCACCGUUACCGAGACUCGGCCUAUCUCUUAUUCCGGCCCCGUCGUCGUCGCAGACGGCACACGCACCUACACCACGACCAUCAGCGUCGCAACCGUGACCACCACCACGCGCGUCACCUACUCGGCCAGUGUUAUCAGGCGGCGCCUCCUGCUAGCGGAUGCCGACGAUGUCGCGUCCGCGUCUGCCCCGCCACAGACGGUGCAGGCGACGUUGACGCUGACGGCGACGGAGUUUGAGGGCGUGGCCACUAGCGGCGCUGCUGCUGGUGAUGGGGCACCACAGCAGGAGGAGGCUGCCCCUCAGGGGCGCGUUAGGACAGUGCAGUUGGUGGAUGUGGGGGCUUAG